AUGGCUUCUUCAUCAUCACGUCGAAUUCCAAGAACUGCAAGACCGCUGCUUCCACUCGGCGUCAAUCCUCCUUUCACAGACUCUCACUUUGCGUCCAACGUUGCUGAACAUCCAAUGCAGUCGUUCAAGCUCCCCACUGGACCUUUACUCCAUUGCAUCGACCUCGAAGCCCCACCGGCCAAACCCCGAAAUGACAUGCCCCACACCUUCCAGCCGUCAACACCGCGUAUCGCUCUCAGACCGGCUCACGCCCGAAAUCGCUCGUUGCGAUUGUCCUCAGGCUCACUCUACCAGCGUGCAUAUCACCGAGAACCAUAUCCAGACCAUUCCCAUUCUCAUGAAGAUUUGGCGUCAUCCCCAACCGAGCUCUUACUGCCGCCCUUUACCGUUCAAACAUCGCCAAAGCUCAAGUAUCCGCCACCACCAUCGGUUCUACUGCCACUAGACUCAUCUGCAUUCUGGCUUUCGAUGUACUUUUGUUUCAAUCUGGGACUGACACUCUUCAACAAACGAGUUCUCGUUGGCUUUCCUUUCCCCUAUACUCUCUCCGCCCUCCACGCGCUGUUUGGAACGAUAGGCGCCUCCAUCCUUGCGAAACACGGCUACUUUGUUCCGUCGCGCUUGAAUACUCGUGAAACAAUCGUUCUCGCUGCCUUCAGCAUGCUCUAUGCAGUCAACAUCGCAGUCAGCAAUAUAUCUCUGCAUUUGGUCACCAUUCCGGCAAUUGUUCGAGCCGCCACGCCCAUUUUCACCGUUUUGUUCUCGACCGUCUUUUUUGGUGUCCAAAGUAGUUACCCGACGAAGAUAUCUCUUAUUCCUGUUGUUGCAGGUGUUGGACUAGCGACUUUCGGGGACUAUUAUUUUACCUACACAGGUUUCUUGCUCACGUUGCUUGGAACCCUUCUCGCUGCAUUCAAAACCAUUUUUACCAACAUCCUCCAGUCACCAACGACCUCGAGACCUGCUUACUUUCACAACCCAUUCGACCUGCUCUACUAUCUUUCUCCUCUCGCCUGUGUGGAAUGCUUGUUUCUUGCACAUACUACGGGCGAGCUCCAGCGAGUGCGAGCAUAUACCGAGACCGGCCAUCUGUCAAUGCUUAAGCUCAUCGCUCUUGUAUUGAAUGGGUGCAUUGCGUUUGGUCUAAAUGUGGUCAGCUUCAGCGCAAAUCGACGAGUUGGUGCCUUAGGCAUGACUGUUGCUGCCAACGUGAAGCAGGUCCUUACGAUUGUUUUUGCCGUGUUUAUCUUUGACCUGACGAUAACGCACCUGAACGCGCUGGGAAUUGGCCUGACGUUGGUCGGUGGCGCAUGACUGCAAGGGCAAGACGUGCAAAAAGCACACGUAUGGCGCCGUGCUCUCUACCUUGAUUUCAGCGAUCUUACUGGGGAGUUUUCUAGCCCUCAUAAAGUAACGCAAUACAAGACCGGCAAGGCUUCCCUCUUCGCCCAGGGCAAGCGGCGUUAUGACCGAAAGCAGAGCGGUUAUGGUGGACAGACCAAGCCUGUCUUCCACAAGAAGGUGCGUUGCUGGGUUUGGACUGCUGGCGACGAAUGCUGAUCUGUUGGUUAGGCUAAAACGACGAAGAAAGUUGUGUUGCGGCUGGAGUGCACGGUCUGCAAGUACAAGAUGCAAAUGGCUCUGAAGCGUUGCAAACAGUGCGUCGACUUGUUGCUAGAGUUUACGAUCAGGACUGACGAGCUGCCCAGCUUCGAGCUCGGUGGUGAGAAGAAGACGAAGGGUGCCGCGCUUACCUUCGUACGUCUUUUGCGUCUGGCUAGUUCUCUUGAGACUAACUUUGUGUCCCUAGUGA